AUGGCCACGGGCAAGGGCACGGUGGGCUCACGGCCACAGGCAAGGGCACGGCGGGGCAUGGGUAUGCGCACGGGCAAGUCGUGGGCACGGCACGGGCGGCACGGCGGGGCGGUCCGCGACGGGGCGGGCCGUGGCGGGCCGCCGGGGCACGGCGCGCGCGGGGCCGUGGGCACCGGCGGGGCGGGCCGCCGGGGCAAGGCACGCGUGGCGCUGCACGGCGGGGCGGUCCGCGGCAGGGCGCGGCGCGGGCACCGGGGAGGGCGGGCCGCAUCGGGGCGCAGGCGCCGCCGGGCCGCGGCGCGCGGGGGCUUCUGGGGGCACGACUACGAACAUGUCCCGAAUUACUCUCUGGAGUUCGUGGAGAAGCGUAUGAACAGUGUUGUUUUUCCAAAAUACAGUGGGCCCGAGGCAGAAUCACCACCGACCAUCUACACGGUACCCUACGAGCUGAAACGUGGCAAAGUGUACGCCUACCUUCCUGCCGCCGUCCAGGUCGGCCCGCUCGUCAAUCGGUGGAUAAGAGGUGCCAGUGAGGAGUACAGUCCCCUUCAGGAUUAUAAAUGGUGCUGCGUGCGCUGGCUCAUCAGCCGUCACGACGCCCUGGAGCGCCCUAAGUUACUGAGCCUGUGCCUGGGCUCCUUGAAAAUCCUGGAGCCACGCAUCCGGGCGUGCUAUCAACGGGAGGUCGAACCAGUGUACCCAUUUAGCGAUGAGGACCGUCUUGGAAUGGAUAGGGAGGACCAAUUGGUGCUAGCCAUGCUGCUGGACGGAUGCUUCAUCCUGCACCGCCUGCUCAAGUACGCGCGCAUCGCUAGAAGAGAGGAUGAUGCUGCUGCUGCUUCUCCCUCAUCAUCUGUUAAGCAGAACCUGCUGCCGCGAACCAUCCUUACCUGCCGCGAACCUGCUUCUGCUGCUUCUGUCAUCGCUAGAAGAGAGAAGGGUGAUGCUCCUUCUUCCACCAGCGCUGGAGCCGAGGAUGAGUAUGGCGACGACUUGACGCUGGUGUUCGGGAACUGCUGGGUCUGGCAGUUCGUAACGUAUGACCUGCUGCUGCUCCAGAACCAAAUCCCAUUCUUCGUCGUGCAGAAGCUGUUCGAGCUGCUCCGGACACCCAACGAGACCAAUAACGACGACGUCCUCGUGGCCGGCGCCCUACGCCUGUUCCGCUCCCUCCAGCCGCAUAGCCUGCACCCCCGCCCCACGACCAUCGCCUGCGGCGACGUGCACCACAUCCUGCAUCUCUUUUACCUCUCCGUCCUCCCUCACCCGGCCAAGGAGAAGAUGCCUAGGCAUGGCGACGCCGGCCAACGGGACGUGCCGCCGUCAGAGCUAGAGCAGUGGGUGCCAUGCGCCAAGGAGCUGGAGGAGGCCGGUGUCAAGUUCCGAGCGAGGAAAGGCGGCUUCAAGGAUGGCGCAACAAGCUUCCUCGACGUGAAAUUCAACCGCGGCGUUCUCGAGAUCCCGGCACUGGAGCUGUACGACUACAGCGAGACUCUGCUCCGCAACCUGAUUGCCUUCGAGCAGACCUACCCGUCCACGGCCAGCCACGUCACCGCCUACGCCAUCUUCAUGGACUGCCUGGUGGCCUCGCCGGAGGACGUCAGGCUGCUCCAGCUCAGCGGCGUGCUGGUGAACCAUAUGAAUGGCGGCGACAGGGACAGGGACGCAGCAGGGUUAUUCGGCCGCCUCAGCCAUGGGGCCCACCUGGCAUCGAACGACAACUACCUCACCAAAGUGAUCAUGGGGGUGAACAACUACCAGCGGGCCAGGCGGCACCAGUGGUGCGCAGCCCUGGUGCGCAACUACUUCAGCAACCCUUGGGUGGUCACGUCGCUCGCCGCUGCCGUUUUCCUGCUUGCGCUGACCAUCCUGCAGAGUUUCUUUGCUGCGUAUUCCUACUUCAAACCGCCCAAGCAGUAGUAGUCGUAGAUGGAGUACCAUUUAUCUUACUGUCGUUCGUGUCAUAGUUGAUAGUCCUCCCGUGUUAUGCUUAUGCUCGGUAUACGUACGUUAUGCUUAUGCUGUGAGCAGUACAUCAUGAAUAAAGCUCUUGGUGUUCAAUCGUGUUA